AUGCCAUGCCCGGCGCUGCUCGCGGAGCGGGCGGUAUGGCUGCGGCGCAGCUGCAGCAGAUGCAGCGCCAGGGGCCGCCCGCCUCCUCGCAGACGGCAUCGCUGCAGCGCUGGCGCCGCCGCCGCUGCCGCCGGCGGCGGCCGGAGGAGCGGCGACGCCACCCACAGCGCCACCGCCGACCACACCUGCCACUUUGCGAUGCUCGGCCUGCGCCCCGACCCCGGCGUCAGUCGCAAAGAAGUCAAGCAGGCCUUCCGGCGGCUAGCGCGCGAGUGGCACCCCGACGUCAACCCCUCCCCUGAGGCAUCGCACCGCUUCCAGGCCAUCUCCCGAGCCUUUGAGGUGCUGUCCGAUGAGCAGCAGCGCUGGGAGUACGAGCAGGCGCGGUUCGGAGGCAGCGGCAGCGAGGGCAGCGACGGCGGCGGCGGCCCAGGCCCCGGCAGCCGCGCGCCGCGCGGCAGGGAGCGCGCGCCGCCAGACGUGUGGGCUGAGCUGCGGCUGGGGUUCCGGGAGGCGGUGCUUGGGGCGCAGCGCAGCGUGCUGCUGGAGGUGCAGGAUGCCUGCGGGCAGUGCCAGGGCACCGGCGGCCAGCCGGGUACCUACUCCCCGCCCUGCUCCAUGUGCAAAGGGCGAGGGGAGAUCGCCUGCACGCCCUGCUUGCCACCUCCCUCCCAACCCCCGCUUUGCUGCACUGUCCCCAUGGCUGCAGCCGCCGGCACCGCCGUGGUGUGCUGCCCCGUGUGCGGCGGCCGCGGCUUCCGGGUACUGCACCCCUGCUCCUGCUGCGGCGGGGAGGGCCUGACGCAGCAGCCGCGGCGCGUGGCGGUGCACGUGCCGGCCGGCGUGGACAGCGGCAGCACGCUGAGGCUGGGCGCCGAGGGCAGCGUCGGCAGGGCGAGCGGCCCGCGGGGGGCAGUGGUGCUAGAGCUCAAGGCGAGUUGGCGGUUUGGCAUCUGGCGGCGGGGCCUGGACCUGCACUCGCAGCUGGCGGUACCACUGUGGGACGUGUGCUUAGGCGGUACCACCACCGUCGCCACGCUGCACGGCGACGCCCGGCUGGCCAUCCCGCCCGGCACCCAGCACGGCGCGGUGCUGUCGGUGCCGCGGGCGGGGGUGCGGCGCGAGGGGCGGGGGCCGCGCCCCUGCGGCUCCCACCAUUUCGAGGUGCUGGUGCAGCUGCCCAGGGAGGUGAGCGGCGUGGAGGCGCGGCUGCUGCAGCGCCUGGCGCAGCUGCAGGGGGAGCAGCAGCAGCCGUGGGCGGGCUGA